AUUUUUUUUCUAAUUCCUUGAAUCGGUACACCUCUGGGUUUUAUGAAAACUGUAGAGAGAGAUAUCAUCAUUUGUGGCGAUACAGGGUGUACAGGAAGGAAUCGUUACACGUCUGGGAUUUCUGAACAGUAUCGAGAGAUAUAGCAUCAUUUGUGGCGACACGGGGUGAACAGGAACGAUGAUCACCCGGAUUGAGUUAGCAAAACGGAUUCUUGAGGAAAGGCCAGAAUCAAGUGAUGGAUGGAUAAAAGACGAAUCAUUGGAAGGUGUCAAACUUGGAAAUUUUGCAUGGAAACGUCAACGAAAUGUUUUUAUAAGGAUGCUCCCAGCAUUUGAGAAAUAUCGUUAUGAGACAGCAACUAAAACGUUGGGAGAAUAUCUUCAAAGACGAAAGGAUCGUCUUGAGUUCACAUUUAAAACGGAUUGUUCUAAAACGUCAUUAGCUGCGACAACCCUCAAGAAAAAACAAACAUGGAAUGCUGGUCUUAUGAACACAAUUUUUGGAGGGAACGCUCACCACAGUGAUAAGAUAAAGAUACCAGCUAUAGAUUUAACCAUCACCAACAUCAAUAGAAGAUACCUAGAACAUAGUCUAAACGCAUGGAAACUUGACAUGACUUCAUCUUAUAUCAAAGAAGAGCAAAGAAAAAAGGGUAUCCCCUGCAUCAUCAGUGAAAUCGUUAAAGCCGCUAUUCCUAGGGAUCAAGCUAACAAAAUGGCUUAUGCAGAAAAAAAGCAACGAAUUGAAGGAAAGGUAAAGGGGACCAGUGCAGAUGACUCUGUUAAGACAACUGGUAACAUUGUAAGAGAGACAAGCGAAAAGACUGAGGGAUAUAUACAUGGAACCGUUCUCUACAAGGUGUUACCGCUUGAGGUAGACCCGACUGGUCACAUUGAAGCAAAGGAAGACUCGAAAGGGUUCGUAAAGGGCAAGGUUUUGUCAAAACUUUAGUAAUUAUAUCUCGAAUAUAAGCAACACUUUUCGAGGAUUAUGUUCCUUUGUGAUGCAGUAGUUUCGAUAACAGUUUGCAUUUCCAUAGUAUUCAGCGUAACCAAAAUAUGUUAUAUUUCCGCUAGUGUGCAAUAUUUCUCGCAGAAUGAAAUAUUUGUCAUUUUUUGUUGUUUUGUAACUAAUAAACUCCCAUGCUAGUGAGCCGUAUUUUUAUUCUAACCAGAACGAGGCCGGAAGGCACAGAUAGUCUAUAAACUCAACUAUACAAUUUUUGUAAAUAGACGAAAAUCCUAUUUGGUAUAAUUCCCGGAAGCUUGCAGUAUUUCAGAUAGAAGGUUAUAUUUUCUGGCAGUAUGUAGUUUUGGUGGUGGUUAGUAUCGUUUCCGGCAGUUAUUAGUAUAUCCUGUGUUAUGCGUGUAUGUUAUAUGUCUUGCAGCAUGUAAUACUGGCGUUGGUAAUAUCACUUCCAGCAGUUUUCUGUUUCCGAUGGUAUAUUUGUAUGCUAUAUAUCUGACUGGAUGAAGAACUGUCGUUUGUAUUGUACAUGCAAAUAGUAUUAUCGGUGGUGUGCUAUAUUUUCAAUAGUGUUUAUGGUAUCAUUUGUAAUAUAUCUUCUCAUUGAUAUUGUUACAAAAUUCAUAAAAAACACAAAACGUCUGACAUGAUUACUAAAUUAAUAAUAGUGAAAUGCCUUGUAUGUAGUAUACACAUGUGCACAUUAUCAAUAAUUAUAAUUGUAUUGCAAAACUAAUAAUUGUAUAAUUAUACUUGUACCUAUCACUGUGGUAUAUGGAUGCAGGCAUAUAUACACAUAUAGGUGCAUGUGCAUAGGUAUAAAUGAAUAGCAUGAUCCUCUUAUGAUGCAGUCAGUGAUGUGAUAUAAUGUCUCGUUCAUAUGUAUAUGUCAACAGUUGUAUCACAACUCUAGCAAAUUCAUCCCUGCAAGGACUCUGACAUUAUCAUAUUUAAUCAUCAUGUAUGAGAAUACCUCGAAAGUGCUCAAGGUUCAACUAUCUGUGGUCUAGGUCUAAGUCACUACCACUAUACUACAUGUAUAUCUUGUCACCAAUCUAGAGAGUUCACUCCUCCGUGGAAUUUGACUAAAUUUGAUAUAUUGGUCAUGCAUAAGAAGACCCUAAGGAGUUUGUGUUUCAUAAGGUGAAGGUCGUCAUCACUGCUUAUAAAAAGUGAAGUAUGACAACAGGUUACUUACAAUAUAUUUAGGACAGCAGGUUACUUACAAUAUAUUUAAAGUGUUAUGUACAUACGCACCACAAGUGAGAGGAUUUGUACUUUUUCGUGGUAUACCUUGCUGUCAGCGUAAUAUUGUUCAACUAAAUAAUGUUAUAUUCCGAUAAGGUACAUGUACAUGUACUGACUUUUAAUAAUUGUACGUAAUUAUAUACCAGUAUGUAUGCCAAGGUGGUAGGUGUGCAUACAUGGAUGAUGAAUGAUUAUAUUUUUAAAGUUAUAUUUCAGUAAUUGUAGAUGUCAAUUGGUAUGUUUCCAUGCACUGGUAUUGCAUAUGAUAAUGUAUACUGCGGAGCUGUGCACCUUGAUGAACACUGAUGCUUUGUGAGAAGCAUAGUUAAUUGUUAUACUUAUGAAAUCUAUAUUGUUUGGAUUUCGUCUCUUUUAAACAUUGGAAAAAUAACAUGCACUUUUGACAUGUGCGGCUGGGAGCUAUGUGUGCAAUUAAUUCCUGAGUUGAAGACUAUAGGGUGAAGAACCCAUGGACUUUACAGUCAGAAAUUCGGGGGUUGCUUCGGCACUUAUCCCUCAGCUGCAUUUGUAUAUAUCAGCAGGUAUCAAACUUUUAUAUCAUUGCAAAAUUUAAAAUCAAAUUCAAAAGUAUUAUUAGUAAAAUGUUAUACAUGAUCAACUUAAUCUUACUGUAUAUUACUUAAUUUCCAUUUCUACCGGAUUUAAUUUCAAUAAAAUGUAUUGUAAUAUGGAAAGAAAAGUAAUUAAGAAAUAAUAAGAAU